CUGCUGGAUUCGGUCACUUCCACAGUGAGCGCCGCCAUAUUAGACCAACUGCAGCGGGCGGAAUAAACAGUCCUCCAGAUGACAACGGCGUUUAGGCCGCUAUAGUCAGCACACACACCACCCACAGGCGACUGCUUUAUGCUAAACCGGUAUCCGAGCUGAACAUAUCUCGGGCAUUCGAGUCCGAGGAGUGUUGUUUUGGUCGUUUAGCUAACUUAAGUAGCAAAGAGGCGGACAUGACUUCCUUGACUCAGCGGAGUUCGGGCCUCGUGCAGCGGCGGACCGAAGCCUUACGCAACGCCGCCGAUAAGGAGCGUCCGGCGGCUGAGGAGGACCACGAGUCCCGGCGGGCGGACGAGAAGGACAAUGACGAUACCGGAGACUCCAAAGAAACACGCCUCACCCUGAUGGAAGAAGUGCUGCUGUUGGGUCUAAAGGACCGAGAGGGCUACACUUCGUUUUGGAAUGACUGCAUUUCAUCAGGGCUGCGAGGAUGCAUGUUGAUCGAACUGGCUCUGCGAGGACGCCUUCAGCUGGAAGCAUGUGGCAUGAGGAGAAAAGGUCUGCUGGCCAGGAAGGUUAUUUGUAGGUCGGAUGCUCCAACAGGUGAUGUGCUGCUGGAUGAAGCCCUGAAACACAUCAAGGACACCCAACCACCAGAGACUGUACAGAGUUGGAUUGAACUCCUCAGUGGAGAGACAUGGAACCCCCUGAAGCUCCAUUAUCAGCUGCGGAACGUGCGUGAAAGGCUGGCCAAAAACCUGGUGGAGAAGGGGGUUCUCACGACUGAGAAGCAGAACUUCCUGCUGUUUGACAUGACGACGCAUCCCCUGACCAAUAACAACAUCAAGCAGCGGCUUAUCAAGAAGGUUCAAGAGGCCGUACUGGACAAGUGGGUGAAUGACCCUCAUCGAAUGGACAAGCGACUGCUCGCACUCAUCUUCUUAGCUCAUUCCUCCGAUGUGUUGGAAAACGCCUUCGCCCCAUUGCUAGAUGACCAGUACGAUCUGGCCAUGAAGAGAGUGAGGCAGCUCUUAGAACUCGAGCCUGAGGGGGAAAGCAUGAAGGCCAACGCCAACGAGCUGCUAUGGGCUGUGGUGGCUGCCUUUACUAAAUGAGUCCACUACAAACAGACAGGAAACAGUUGUGGCAUUCAAGUGGCAUUGUAUGUUGAGGGACGAAUCGAUCUCAACAUGAUAUAACUUGACUGAAUUCAGUUUACCCCUGCCUGGAUCUUUGGAAUGGGUUGCCCUUUUUUCUUCCUCAUGUCUUUUCCCUGCUUUACUCUUUUCUUUCCAGACCCCCCAGCCCUGCCCCCCCCACCCCCACCCCCACCCCCACCCCCUGCCCCGUCCCUCAUCUGUCAUACAUGUCUUCACAUUUGCUAUAAAAAUGACUCAACUUCUAAUGACGUGGUUGGGGAUCAUGUUGGAUGAGGCCAAAAUCAAGAUGCUCAUGUUAUCAUCCUUGCUUUGUUCUAUUGUUUCUAUCCGUUCUGUAUGACUGAGAUUACUCUUAACACAUCUGCGAACACAUUAACCCACCCUGGGGUACAUGUACAAAUCCAUGUAAAGGCCAGUGAUGCUGGCAGCGAAUCAAGGUUAGCUGUUAAUUCUGACAAGACUUAUAAUGGGGUGUUUAAGAGUUGCUAAAUGUAGGACCUGUACUCAUGACUGCUAAUGUGACUGGACUCAACAGUCUGACUCGAUUACUUAGUAGUGUGCUGUCGACUUGUUUUGCAGAUGUUGUAAAAAAAAAAGCCAAUAUUAUACAAAUUUCUAAUUUGAGUAGACAGUUCCUGAAUUGAAAUAAAAGAUACACACUAUGGCUGGGUGAUCUGGCCAAGAAGGUG